AUGACGAAACGAAUAAAAAAAAUACAAGUCUUAUCAUACGAUGAUAAUAGUAAAAAGAAUAGAAAAGUUAAAAGAGAUUAUGAUAAUAAAAUUAAGGAGGAAGAUGAAAAAGGAAAAGAAAAAAAUGAAAGCACAAGAAAUAUUUUAACUUUACAAAAUAUACUAGACGUGAAAGAAAAAGAAAAUAAUAAAAAAGUGAAAAAUAAAAUAAUAUUUAAAAAGAAAGAAAAUAAUAGUAAUAGUUCUAUUAAUACAAAUGAAAUGAGAAUAAUAACAAUACCUAGAAAAAGAAUGGGAGCUGUUAGAAGUAAUUGGCUUGAACUAAUAAAACCUGUAGUAACGAACUUAAAAUUAGAAAUACGUAUGAACAAAGAUAAAAUAGAAGUAAGAACAUGUAGUCUAACAGAAGAUAAAAAUACUUUACAAAAAGCAUCAGAUUAUAUUAAAGCAUAUUUAAUUGGUUUUAGUAUUGAAGAUUCGUUAGCGUUACUAAGAAUUGACGACUUGUAUAUUGAAACAUUCCAAAUUAAAGAUGUAAAAAUAUUAAAAGGAGAUCAUUUAUCAAGAUGUAUUGGUAGAAUAUGUGGUAGUAACGGAUCAACAAAGUAUGCUAUUGAAAAUGCAACGAAAACGAGAAUAGUUAUAGCUGCAGAUAAAAUUCACAUUUUGGGUAGUUUUGAUAACAUCAAAAUGGCAAGGUACUCUAUAUGUAGCCUAAUUCUUGGUACAACUCAAUCAAAAAUUUUUAAUAAAUUAAAUAUUCUUGCCAAGAGGUUAAAAGAAAGGUUUUAA